CCACCACCAACACGUCAGGAAGAUUUUUUUGUGAAGCGAGGGUGUGGUAGUCUGGAUUUUGGGAACGUGUACAGUCUUAGUUUUUAGUGGGACAUAGACGAAACCGAUCUACUUCAACCUGCAGGACUGUGGUGCAAGAGUGCUCCUGUCCUCCGCAUAGUUAAACAUCCUUCCCACCCAGCCCUCCUUCCUGCCUUCCUUUCUUCCAGCGGACGAAUGCCCCCCAGACCCUUGCGGGAUAUCCUCCAUCGCCCCCCUCUACGUGUCCUGGCCCGCCGGCUCCAGUGCACCGCCCGCCUCCCGUAAACCAGGGGAGCCGGCUGCUUCAGUUAGGCCCAAAAAGAGGAAGAGGAGGAACGCGGCAUCAUGGAUGACAUCUUCACCCAGUGCCGGGAAGGCAACGCCGUGGCCGUCCGCUUGUGGCUGGACAACACGGAGAACGACCUCAACCAGGGAGAUGACCACGGGUUCAGCCCUCUCCACUGGGCAUGUCGAGAGGGGCGCUCGGGCGUGGUGGACAUGCUCAUCAUGAGAGGGGCCCGCAUCAACGUCAUGAACCGCGGGGACGACACGCCCCUCCACCUGGCAGCCAGCCAUGGGCACCGCGACAUCGUGGCCAAGUUGAUCCAGUGCAAGGCCGACACCAACACAGCCAAUGAGCACGGCAACACACCACUGCACUACGCCUGCUUCUGGGGCCAGGACCUGGUGGCUGAGGACCUCGUAACUAAUGGUGCCCAGGUGAGCAUCUGUAAUAAAUAUGGUGAGACUCCCCUGGACAAGGCCAAACCACAUCUUCGGGACCUCCUGAAAGAACGAGCAGAGAAACUGGGACAGAGCCUGACCAAGAUCCCCUACAAGGACACCUUCUGGAAAGGCACCACCCGAACCCGACCCCGAAAUGGCACUCUGAACAAACAGGCUGGAAUCGACUUCAAGCAGCUGUCCCUUCUGGCAAAGAUCAACGAGAACCACUCCGGAGAGCUGUGGCAGGGGCGCUGGCAGGGGACGGAGAUUGUGGUGAAAGUGCUGCAGGUUCGAGACUGGACCACCAGGAAGAGCCGUGACUUCAAUGAGGAGUAUCCUAAACUCAGGAUAUUCUCCCACCCGAAUGUGCUGCCCAUGUUGGGGGCGUGUCAGUCGCCCCCCGCCCCCCAUCCUAUCAUCAUUACACACUGGAUGCCCUAUGGAUCACUCUACAACGUGCUCCACGAGGGCACGAACUUUGUGGUGGACCAGAUGCAGGCAGUGAAAUUUGCUCUGGACAUAGCAUGUGGGAUGGCCUUCCUGCACACGCUGGAGCCCAUGAUCCAACGGCACUAUCUCAACAGCAAGAGUGUCAUGAUUGAUGAGGACAUGACAGCCAGGAUAAGCAUGGCGGAUGUCAAAUUCUCCUUCCAGUGUCCUGGUAGGAUGUACUCUCCAGCCUGGGUCGCUCCUGAAGCCUUGCAAAAAAAACCAGAAGACAUUAACCGCCGGUCAGCGGACAUGUGGAGUUUUGCCGUGUUGCUCUGGGAGCUGGUGACCCGAGAGGUGCCCUUUGCAGACCUCUCCAACAUGGAGAUAGGCAUGAAGGUGGCAUUGGAGGGUCUACGCCCCACUAUCCCGCCCGGCAUCUCGCCCCACAUCUGCAAGCUCAUGAAGAUCUGUAUGAAUGAGGACCCGGCGAAAAGGCCCAAGUUCGACAUGAUCGUGCCAAUCCUGGAAAAGAUGCAGGACAAGUGAAAACUGCCUCAUCCACAGAUGUGGUGCAUACCAGUAUUGCCUUAAAAACUCACUACUUGCCACUGCUCUCUAUGCCACUGUAACCGUUAGCUUCUGAAAAAGGCAGCAGCACUCAUUACUGUUAUUAAUAUUGUUAUUAUUGCUUGUUGUUUUUUGAUGGAAAAGAGCAUUUUAUUUUAAGUUUUAUAUAAACAACCUUGUGUCAUCAACUCCUUGCAGGCAGUGAACAUAAAAUUACUCAUUAUUGGGGUUUUAAUUAUGAGAACUCAGUCCAGCCCGUCCUGCUGUUGAUGAUAGCCUUGUUACUGUUCCACUUAAGAAGAACAUUUUGGGGCUCAUUAGCUGGAGGCCAAAGACACCAACGCUGAGGGAGUGCCAAGGUCGGCUUUUUCCUCAUACAUACACUGCAAAUAAACAGAAAAAAAAAACAAUUAUUUCAUUUGUAACAUAUAUUAUGCAAGCAACAUGUGAAUUAGUAAGCACUAGUAAGCACAGUGGGGUCAGGGGUGCUUUUGAGCUGCAGAAGAUGGGGCAAACCAGGGGACAACAACCUUAAAUCCGGUCAUUCAAGGUCGGAGCUCAUACCCAUUUGCAAGUCACUUUCAGGAAGUGACAUCGGUUUGCCAAUUCCAGCGUUUUUCAGGAAGUGAGAUUGUCCUGGAAAUUUGAAGUCCCCUUGCCUUCACAUUUCUGGGAAGUCUACAUGACAUUUUCUGUGGCAAAUGUAUAAGAGGAACUCAAGUAAACAUCCCUUUUCAGCUUUAUGUUAAGUGGUUUCUCCCUUCCUUCUUUAUUCGGUUCCAUUUCAUUAACAAGCCUACCUUAUAUCCUCUCUGUACCUUCUCCAACCUCUUCUGCUAAUGAGGCAGGGGGCUCCCUUCUUUUGAGAUUUAUUUUUAUAUUUUGCAUUUCUUUAUGGGAGGGAGACAGACAUGUACCAGCUGAGAUGAUACGGAAGUUGACUGCGGUCAGCUCAAAGCUAAUUCUGUCUGAGCAUAUUGUCAGUGUCAGCACUCUGGAAAGACCUGACCCAGUUGUUUCCCUCUGAAUAUUUUCAAUUUUAAAGAUUGUCCUUGUCAACACUGCUCUUGUUUGUUUUUACUGUGUCCCUACACCAGCCGGCUUGUUUGUGCUGAAUUGCAGGCAAAUGCAAAAACAAAGCAUGUCAUAUACAAAUGUAUGUAAUUUAUAUAGAAGUAUAUUAAAGAAAAUGAGAAAUGUCUGAUGUGAAUGGUUAAUGAAACAUUAUUCCAGAACUCUGUAGGAC